CCCCUCUUUCUUUCUGUAGUAACUGUUCCAAAUGUCUAGGCUCUUAGGAUUGUUUGUGAGUCUUAUGUUGGUGUUUGGGGUGGCUAUGGCUACCUCUGCCAAGUUUGAUGAACUCUUCCAACCAAGUUGGGCUUUGGACCAUUUCAUUCACGAAGGAGACCAACUCAAACUCAAACUUGAUAAUUAUUCUGGUGCUGGUUUUGGAUCCAAAAGCAAGUAUAUGUUUGGGAAAGUCACCAUCCAGCUUAAGCUUGUUGAAGGUGACUCUGCUGGAACUGUUACUGCUUUCUAUAUGUCAUCGGACGGUCCAAACCACAACGAGUUUGAUUUUGAGUUUUUAGGGAACACCUCAGGGGAACCUUACUCGGUUCAAACAAACUUGUAUGUGAAUGGAGUUGGUAACAGGGAGCAGAGACUCGACCUCUGGUUCGACCCCACCAAGGAUUUCCACUACUACUCUGUCUUCUGGAACCAACGUCAAGUUGUAUUUCUAGUUGAUGAAACGCCAAUAAGGGUGCACACAAAUAUGGAACACAAAGGAAUUCCUUUUCCUAAAGACCAACCCAUGGGGGUGUACAGUUCUAUAUGGAAUGCUGAUGAUUGGGCCACGCAGGGUGGUCGUGUGAAGACAGAUUGGAGCCAUGCACCUUUCAUUGUAACAUACAAGGCUUUUGAAAUCAAUGCCUGUGAAUGCCCUGUGUCAGUGGCUGCAGUGGAUAAUGCUAAGAGGUGUAGCAGCAGUGAGGAUAGGAAGUAUUGGUGGGAUGAGCCUACGUUGUCCGAACUAAGCUUGCAUCAAAGUCAUCAACUUAUGUGGGUUAGGGCUAAACAUAUGGUCUAUGACUAUUGUACUGACACUGCUCGGUUCCCAGUUACCCCUGCUGAGUGUGUUCAUCACCGUCACCAGUGAGCAAGUGUUAAUUAAAGCAAGUAUAAUAUGAAAAUGGGUGUAUGAAUAUAAAAAGUUAUGGAACAUGUCCUUCAUGUUUUAUAAUAUUGUAAUAUACUGCCACGGCAUA